CUCAGCGCACGGCGUAGUGGCGUGAUGACGUCAUCGUCGCUGUCGGUCCCGGAGCGGCGCACGGCGCGGAUCGUGUUCCUGGGCGCCGCGGGUGUGGGAAAGACGGCGCUGAUCGCGCGCUUCCUGCACGACCGCUUCGAGCCGCGGCACGCGCGCACCGUGGAGGAGCUGCACGCGCUCGAGUGCGACCUGGACGGCGCCGCGCGCCUGCGCCUGGAGAUCCUGGACACGAGCGGCAGCUACGCGUUCCCGGCCAUGCGCGCGCUGCGCAUUCGCACCGGCGACGCCUUCGCGCUCGUGUACGCGGCGCGUGAUCGCGGCUCGCUGGAGGAGGCGCGGCGCCUGCGGGACGAGAUCCUGGAGAUCAAGGGCGACGCGUUCGACGCCAUCACGGUGGUGGAGAGCAAGGCGGACCUGGCGAGCCGCAGCCGCGCCGAGAGCGCGCGCACCAUGCGCGCCGUGGAGGAGGAGUGGCGCGCGGGGUUCGUGAGCGCGUCCGCGCGCACCGGCGAGAACGUCGCCGCGGUGUUCCGAGAGCUGCUCGCGCGAGCCGACCUGCCCAGCCGCGUGAGCCCGGCACUGCGCAGGCGCAGACAGACCUGCGGGAGGGACUGCGGCGAUGAGAAAGCCAACAUGAGGAAAAACAGCAGCUGCGUUCUGUCUUAAUCAAAAACCUCCACCGGUAACCUGCACUAACGCCUCACGCUGACGCACUUCCGGUGGCGCAGAACUCAGUCUGACCUCUGACCUCUGACCUUUCUACACCACUGACUCUUUAUGUGCCAGUGUUACAGAACUGCAGAAAAGUAAAUGAUGUGUAUGUGAAAGAGUAAACAUACUUUUAUACCUUUCUGAAGUUUCUGCUGGUUUAUUUUCAGCAUCAUAAACUCCUCCGUCCUGAAGAAACGCACAGCUACAGCUUCACCUCUGACUGUUACGAAGCGCUGACACUGGAGACUCCUUCCUUACAUGUUACAUCCUUACAGAAAUCUUCACCACAUCAGUGAUUGUUUUAGUUACAGGAAAUGAAUCAGUACUUUCUGACCAAUCAGACAUGAGAAUUCAACGUAUCUGAUACUUACGAUGCAUAUUACAAUCUUUGUACAUAUUUUAAAAGCCUGUAAUUACACACAUAACUGUAAUUGAUAUUUUUAUCGUAUUUACAGCAAGAGAAAUCCUUCUGUUCUCGGCGAAUAAACCAUUCGUGUGUGAUGUGAAAGUUGGUGGCGUGGACAUUUACGCCAAACUGGAGCAACUACACUUUAUCAAAAAUAUAUUAGACUUUAAAUCUGCGUAUCUAUUUCUGUAUUUCUCUGAACUUUAAUUAAAGCUGUUUUGUGUUCGUUAUUGUCAUUACGAAUUAAUUAAUAACAAUUUAAUUAAAGGAAUGUUGAUGGA